ACAUUGAAAAUGUCACAUGCUAAACUUUCCCCCCUACAUAAUCGGCAAUAGUGCGGGCUGCGGCACCGCAGCAGCGCCAUGAACGCCGUCGAACCCUCCGCCGCCGCCAUCGCCGAAGACCCCAUUACUCCGGCCGCCUCCGCAGCCCCGUACCCUGGCCGCCUCCGCGAAGCACUUACCGCCCUUUCCGAGGCUUGCGAGUCCGGCAACUUCAAUGCUUCCGAAACCGCCUCCUUCACCAUCUCCGACAUUCUUGACACCGCAGCCGGCGUAAGUGGCGAGCUCGAUGACGGGAGCGACGACAGCCAAGACGCGUCGAGGUCAGGGGCCUCCGAAGUGCUGCUUCGCGAGGUGCUCGAGUUCCUCUCUCGCCCGUCAUCGAUCUCGAACCAGAUGGCCCUUGACGCGCUCUCGCUUGUGCUUCCCAAACCCGUGGCGAAGCUAGGGGCUCGAAUGGGGAGAUGCCGGGAUGUUGCCGCAGCUAUCCUAAAGUUCUUCGUGACGAAUUGCAAUCCGAGGGACAUGCUCUCCAUCCUCUGUGAGGCAUUAGAUGCACCAAUGGAGCUACCAAAUGGCUUAUCCAGUUUUGUUCUUCUACUCGAUGCACUUGCUAAAGUGUUUACUUUAAUUCAGAGGCGACAUAUCGAGCAAGUAAAGGUGGCACUGCCCGUUGUACUUAAAGUUAUGCAUGCUACUGUAUCAGAAUGUGUUGAGGAACAUGGAAGUGCUGCUGUUGAUCUUUUCAAUGCAGCACAUGGUGUUGGCAAGGCCAUUCAAGAAAUGUGCAUAUCAAUGUUCAACAAAAACAAAGAUCUCUGUGCAAUUCUUGGUUUAUACUCCCUUCAGAAUAUAGCUCUUGUAUCACGAAGCAGACAGCAGGAUAUUCUCUCUGCUUGUGGUUCAGUUGUUUUUCAGAGUUUCAGAUUUCUUAAAACUAGUGGAUUCACCUAUCGUGGCCUACUAACUGGCAGUGAUGUCACAGCUGCAACGGUUGAACUUUCCAAAGAGGAAGAUGCUGAUUUUAUGGAGCAUUUUUCCUUUGCUAUGGAUGGUGCAGCACUUUCAGUUGUGUGGACACUUAUGCAUGAUGAUAAAGAUAUGUCAAAGUAUGCUGGAGAAGAGUUGGAAUUAGCAGUAAAGGAAGUUCAGGGCAACCAUAUGGAAAAAUGGGAAGCAAUUAACAUGCUUAAAUAUGUCCUAUCCUCAAUUCAUUACCCAUGGAUAAUCAAAUCCCACAGUUUAAACUUAAUGCUGAUUCUAUCCGGUGAAGAUCAUGUUGAAGAGAUCAAUAAUCAUGUAGAUUUCACAUGCUUUGCUCAUCGCAUUUUUGAAACACUCAAGGCCAUUGAAAGCGUUAUGAUUGCUGCCCCUAUGGCAUUGGUGCGGAAAAAAGCAUUUGCUGCUUUGAAAAAGGUUAUUUCAAUGGUGCCAUCAUCCCAGAGAUUUGACAUCUUACAUGGUCUUGUAAACAAUAGUACAUCUCCAGCUUUGACUGCAAUUCUCCUUGAUCUAGUGAGGCAGGAAGUUUCGAGAGAGAGUCGCCAAGCUGACAAUGAUUGUAUUGAAGACGAAGGAUUUCGAGGUAAUGGGUUACCGCGCUGGGCAUCUCAUGCACUUGAGUUAGUUGAGCUGAUUUUGAGGCCUCCAGAAGGUGGUCCUCCUUGCCUUCCUGAUCACAGUGAACAGGACCAUCUACUAGAGGCUCAGUUGCUGUUGCUGCCACUUCGUUCGCUUGUACUUCAGAGUCGGCCUGGGUACUUGAUUCAGGAGCCUCCUUUCAUGUCACAUCUGAUCAGUCAAAGUUGGCUUCUACUACACCUGUCACAGAUGGUGCUUCAGUGCAGACAGCUGAUGGACCUUCGCACAGGGGAAGUGAUUGGGACUGGCCGUCGCCGUAGAGCCGCUCCUCGCCUCUACAUCUUGGACUCUUUCCGGCUUCCUUCCUUGGCUACAUCUCCAGCGCAUGUAAUAUCAGCUCUAAACUUGCUAAGAUUUAUUCUGAUAAUAGAUUCAAGAGGACAAAGAUCUGCAAAAUUGUUUCGGAAAGAGACAUUGCACAAGGUGCACUCGGAGUGGCUGACCCCAUUAAGACCAAUCGCGGAGCAAAUUCAGUUGGAAAAUGAAAAGGAUGCUGAUGAGAUUACAAAACAAAUAGUGUGCAUGUUAAAUCUUGUUCAACUGGUGCUAUACCGCUGCAUCGAGUUGGUGGAGGAAAAGAUGAAAGGCUGCUAAUGUUUUUGGUACCUGUCAUUUCUAUACAGUAGCAUCUGCUGUAUCUGGAUGGAAUGUUCUUGAGGAUAUAAAUUCCAUCUUCUCAGGUUAUUGUAUAUUUACAUGGCCAGGAAGUCUGGUUUUAUUUAAAGUGUGCAUAACGUAUUCACAGGAAUAUAUGGUGUUAUUAUCAUAAACUAACAAAUAGGAUGUGGUUAACCCGUCA